AGCCCAUCAUUUACUGUAGCCAAUUAGAAAGCAGAGUCCCGUAUACACUCUGACAGUCCCCGCCCAUUUUCAACGUGUCAACACUGCCGUAAAGAAGCUGUGACUGACGCAGAGUGUCUCUACUGAUCAGAAGGAGCUUCUAGCUUACUUUAAUCAUGCUGUAAGCAUGCUAGUGAGCGCCCAGGUGAAUAAAGCUGUUUAAAUCAAAGUGUUGAGUUUGUUAGGGACCUGAUCGAGUCACAAUCAGGACCCAGGAUGGACUUUAACAGGACGGUGCUGGUGACCGGUGGUUCCGGAUUCAUCGGCUCUCACCUGGUCUGCUCACUAGUCUGCAAACACCCAGACUGGAGGAUCAUUAACCUGGAUAAUCUGGAUUACUGCUGCAGCCGGUGGAGUUUGCAGAGUGUGGAAAGCAGGAAAAACUACACCUUUAUCAAGGGGGACGUGUGUAACUCUCGGCUGGUGAGCCACAUUUUUAACACACAGAACAUUGACGUGGUUUUUCACCUGGCAGCGAAAAGUCAUGUUGAGUCCUCGUUCGAGUCCCCGCUCAGCUUCCAGCGAGUGAACGUGGAGGGAACUCGGGUUCUACUGUCGGCCGCUCAUCACGCCCAACACCCGCUGCAACGCUUCAUCUACGUCAGCACAGACGAGGUGUACGGAGCUGCCUGUGGAGAGGUGUUUGAUGAGACGAGUCCUCUGAGACCGGACAAUCCAUACUCUGCUACCAAAGCUGCUGCAGAGAUCCAGGUGCUGUCCUACUGGGAGAAAAACAAGUUUCCCAUCAUCAUCACCCGGAGUAACAACAUCUAUGGCCCUCGACAGUUCACUGAGAAGGUCAUCCCGAGGUUCAUCUCUCUCUUACAGCAAAACAAGAAAUGCACCAUUCAGGGAACGCUCCCUAAAUCUCGCCACUUCCUGUUUGUCGACGACGUCAUCAAGGCUUUCCUGCUGGUGCUGGAGAAAGGGAUUGUGGGAGAAAUCUACAACGUAGGCACCAGCAGCGAGAUACCCAUCCUGCUCCUGGGCAGAGAGCUCAUAAAGAUGGUGAAGAAUGUUCCAGACUCUCAGGUGAACGACUGGCUAGAGUUUGUACCUGACAGGCCGAGAGUUGAGCUCAGGUACCCGAUUACCUGUGAGAAACUACAGCAGCUGGGAUGGAGAGCACAAAUCCCCUGGACUGAGGGAAUCAGACACACAGUGAAGUGGUACCAGGAGAACCCAGACUUUUGGUCGGACACAAAUUGGGACCAUCAACCAAUCACAGAAGAGCUUCAACACUUGACCUAGACAUAAAGAAGGCUCAGUGUACCCUGCGGCUGGACUUACAGGACUCAAACGAAGUAGAGGGCGGGGUGUACCCUGCAGCUGGACUCCCAGGACUCAAACGAAAUAGAGGGCUCAGCGUACCCUGCAGCUGGACUCACAUGACUCACACGAAGGACAGGUCUCCUAAAUGAAAGGGGGAUUACUGAAGCACAAACAUUUUCAAUCCAUUCAUUUCAGAUUUGUACUUUUAUAUGAUCAGAGUUUAUUUAAUAAAGUGAUUUAACAACA